CCGCCGCCGCCGUCUCUCUCGCGCUCUCUCUCUCUGUGUGUGUGUGUGUGCAGCCCCGCAGUGGAACGUUCCCCGGACGAGAAGCCUCGCCGCCGCCGCCGCCAUGCCUGGUCCAGCUGCAAGUUCAACAAAUGUUGGUGUCUCUGGCCGCUCGCCCAGUAAAGCUGUGGCUCAGCGAGCUCCUGGAGGCACAGUCAGACAGAGGAAGGCCGCCAGCAGUGCUGUAAGCCGUGCUGGUCGAACCACAUCAGCGGGCACUGGGGGCAUGUGGAGGUUCUACACCGAGGAUUCUCCUGGGCUCAAAGUUGGGCCAGUUCCUGUGCUGGUUAUGAGCCUAUUGUUCAUCGCUUCAGUAUUCAUGCUGCACAUCUGGGGCAAGUAUACCCGCUCAUAAACAAGACAUCAGUGACUUUCCCUCCUGCCAACUUAACCUAUUCAUCUUGGACCAAAUGCCAGUCUUUAUGUGAACUAGUUUCUGAUGCAUUUUGAAACAUCGCUUUUUACUCAUAAAGAAUCAAAUGAAAAUCCCCAAUGGGAAUGGUUCCAGGGGCUCAGCCGUUCGUUCUCCAACUACCAAGAGGAGAGGAGCAGGUUUAAGAUCGUCUUCACUACAAGUCUCUUUCGUAUCUUUAUUUUUCAUCAUCGUUUUUUGUAAAACAAUCACAAGUGUUUUGCAAUAAAAAAUGAAUGCAGAUUUCAAUAUA